CUCUUGUAUUUUUCAUUUACUUUCAUUCGAUAUUACGUCACUAACUUGAAAGUUAUGCCAUAUCUUCUGAGUCGCCCUGUAUCCACACAUCAUCGCUCGUAUGGGAGCACGCGUGUAUGUGGACUUGCGACCCACGCAUGAACGCACCAGACCUGACGAUGUCGUCUCAGUGCGACUCGAAGCGGUCUAUCGGAUGGAACUGAGUGGAACCGCCGGACAAUGAAGCUUGUCUUUCCGUUCGUGCUCCUCUUCGGAAUAUGCGCGUGUCACGCCGACGAUAGGAUCGAGAUCAAUGAGAUCGACACAGACGAAUCCGUUCCGCACAAGACGCAAAACACACAGAACAGCACGCUAGCCGAGAUCUUCGAGAACGCGGUCCAUGCUUAUCUCGAGGAAGAUUGGGACGGCUGCGUCGCGGGGUUCAACGAUGCUAUGCACGGAUAUAAAAUGUACAAACGUAUGGUGAUAGUGUGCCGACAAAAGUGCAAAACUGAGGCGGCAGGCUCCUCGCCGAUCUUCGCCGAGGACAUUGAAGAUUUACACUUUUAUGAGAGGAAAGUGAGGGAGACGCUCUGUUUAAUGAAAUGCAAUCAGGAUUACCGAGAGAUCGCCGGUGCGGGGGCGCUUAAACGACUCCCACGUGUUACGGAAAAGAAGUUUGUCGAUUUUACCAUCUAUGAGUAUCUUCACAUCUGCUAUUUUCAAAAAAGAAGAUAUCAAGAUGCGGCAAAUGCAGCCUUCACUUUCCUGACUCAACAUCCCGAUCAUGAAAUGACGAAAAAAAAUCUUAGGCAUUACCUGAGUCUGCCCGAAGUAGUUGUAGAGAAAGUUGUGAAUUUAGAGGUGGCUCCUUUUGUGCAAAUGUAUCUACGAGGGGUCCGAGCGUACGAAGAUGAGAACUAUGCGGAAGCUGUGGCCGAAUUUGAGAGUUCACUCGAGUUUUACAUGGAAUCCGAGGAAGAGUGUAGGAUUUAUUGCGAAGGUCCCUUCGAUCAAGGAUGGUAUCCCGAAUUUACGUCCUCUAUAUCAAAUCAUUUUGCGUUCUGUCUAAAGUGCAAACGUGGGUGCUCGCUUGCACUGAACAAUGUGAAUGGCAACUUCCGAGGUGAUUUGCUUAGGAGCCACUACAAUUACCUGCAAUUCGCUUAUUACAAACUGGGCAACCUGAAAGCAGCCUGUGCGGCAGUUGCGAGUUACUUAUUGUUUAUACCCGCCGACGAAACAAUGCUUCACAAUAAAGACUACUAUAGCUCCCAACCGAAAGUGGAGGAAGAAUAUUUCACACCAAGAGAGGAAGCACUUUCCUACGUGAAGCGGCAAGAGUACGAGCUGAUGCUGCUGCAUUACAUAUCGGAGGAGUUCGCAGUGAUCGAUGCUAGAUUCAACGCAUUCAAUAAGAAGAGUAAUAAAGAAAAAAGCGAUGAGAAAACGGAAGAGAAAUUAGGAAAGGAUUUGCAUCCACCUCCGGGUCACUCACCAUCCAUAUGGACGCGAUUUAUAGGUAAUCUAUCAGCGUUUCGGGACGAGGAGAAGACGGAGAUACCAAAAAGUCGCAUCAUGGAAUGGCUAAAAGUCACGAGCGACGCGCGAUUGAUUGCAGGAGAAAAAGAGCUCGGCGGAAAAAACCGCUACGCGGUCGAUAAUUUUCUCAAUUCCACCGAAUGCGAUCUGCUUAUGCAACUCGCUCAGGGUGCCGUGGAAGGUGACGGCUACAUGGGAAAUAAGAGCCCGCAUUCAUCGUAUGAACGUUUUGAAGGCAUGACUGUCGGCAGGGUGGCUUUAAUGGUGUACUUUGGUCUGAUGAAGCCGGAACUGCUGGAGUUAUUCCUGCAACGUACGGAAGCGGUUCGUGAUCACGUGGAAAGGUAUUUCGACCUUGAUCGACCACUGUAUUUCACCUAUACCCAUUUGGUCUGCCGAACGGCUUUACCUGAUUCGCCGGCAAAUCGGAGCGAUCUGAGUCACGAGAUUCACGCUGAUAAUUGUAUCAUAAAGAACGAAGGUUCCUGCUUACGAGAAGAUCCUGCGUACACGUGGCGAGAUUAUUCAGCGAUUUUGUAUCUCAACGACGAUUUCGACGGCGGCGAGUUCUUUUUCGUUGAGGACCCGAAGAGACGCCGCGUUCAGAGCACUGUUCAGCCUCGGUGCGGACGUAUGGUGGCUUUUUCCGCCGGUGGUGAGAAUCUUCACGGUGUUCAGGGUGUGCGCAGCGGCAGAAGAUGCGCCGUGGCGUUAUGGUUCACCCAGGAUGAAAGAUAUUUUGAAUACGAGAGAGUGGUAGCGGACACCAUGCUGAAGAGGGUUCGCAUCCUGGGUAUCGUGCAACGCGAGGACAUCGCAAUACCUAUCAGAUACGAAGAUGUGCUGAUCCAAUAUUUCAAAGAAGACGAGACGCUGAGGCGCAUACUGAAAGAAUCUGCGUGAGUAAGCAACAGAAGACGAACAUUCGGUUUGCACAGGAUGUAAAAUCUGUUUCGAUUUGGUUGCACUUCCAUUUAGAGUAAAAUAAGUAGGACAUUCAGGCUUCGAAAAAGAGAAUUGAAGAGAUUUAUAGAUUUAUAGAUUUAUAGAUUUAUGGAUGAGAGUGACUUGCAGUUUGAUUGAUGAUGAUCUCGAGAAUGAGACGCAUUCUCCGAAGAAUAGUUAAACAAAUAGCUGGAGAUUCGAGAUUUUCUAAUGAUAUUUCAUAGCGAUGAUAAAUACAGGUUUGUGACUAGUUCGUAAUUUGCGCGCAAAUAAAGAAAGAUUAGCUAGCUAAUAUAUUUGAAGAAACAAACGCGAAUAGAUUAUAAUUUCAGAAUACCUCAUUCACGACGAGUAACACGAGACGCUUGUAUUCUAUUGCAAUAUAAGCAUGAAAUUAUGCAAGUUAUGAAAACACGCGACGUUAACGUUGCCAGACUCGUCUCAACAACUCUGCUGUGUUUGCAAUCGUUUCUAGUCCACAUAUAUGUACAAUAAAAUGCACAAACUUAUCACAUACUUUGCAACUGAUUAUUUUAAAUUAUUUAGUCAAUUAGCGCAGAUCGUUUCAUGUGGCCAAGUAUACGUGAGACUUUGCGCGCAGCAACGGCACAAUCGUUUAUAGAAAAUAUCCUAAAUCUUUAUUAGAACAUGGACAUAUUACAUGUCAACAAGUUUACAUAACCGCUUGCUAUGCAUCGCGCAACAUGUGUGUGUAUCGCGAAUAUCGUUAAUUUAUAGUCCUCGUAUUCAUACUAUGUAUAAGAGUGACGCUUACUGUGUACGCAAUUGCGGUGCAGUCACCUCAACGACAUGCGUCCACCUCUUCUCAUUACGCGAUGCCGAGCCCUGUACACACGAUGGACUCUAUAUACGUCUUCUUGUAAAAUUCAAUUCCGUCAAUUAAGCGUGCGUAUGGUACGAAUCGGCUGUAAUUAUACCAAUACAGAUGCAGACGACGUUUACACCUCGUCUCGAAACGACCGACCUGUCCGCGACGUCGUAAUUGCGGGGCAAAAGAGUGAUGUAGAAAUCAAAACUCAGAUUCUCCACUUUUUAGAAAUUGCGAUCGGAAAAUCGAUAUGUGCAAAUUGAAAUAAAUCGCCCGGUCUUCCAUUUUCAAAUUGAAAUAGGUAUUUUAAAAUUAAAAUAGGUACUUUAAAACUGAAGUAAGCGUAGAGGAGAGAAGAAAGAACGAGUCGAAGAAAAAUAAUUUCUAAAAAAAUAUUCAAAGUUUCAGUAAAUAUACUUUCAAGUUCGUUUUUUACACGUGUCUUUUAUCCUUCUCGUUCUGAAGCUAAUCCAAGUCUCGACGAUCGCUGGAUUCGCUCUUUCUCUUCAAUGCAUUUCAGAUAUUAAUAGAUAUUUAAACGACGAUAAUGCAUAUGGAAGAUUGCGGAACAAAAUUGGAGAACACGAGUUUUGCUUGCGAACCUCGCAUUUCUGAGCUUUCCUCAUCGUGGUCGUUGUCAUUGUCUCGGGAUUAGUCGGGAAGAAAAUGGUGACGCGAUUACGAUGCGCUGCAAUAUACAUACAUGUUUCAAUACAAACGUUUAUUACGAAAUUAUAUAGUGACAUCUGCGUAUCACAGGAGAGCUCAGUCGAUUCUUCAGAAACCACUCCAUUGUCUUCAUAUUAUGUACGCAUUACAUUCCAUUCUGCCAUGUGAAUUUCGAGCACAAGACAACUAUCGCAAUUGCAACAAUUGUGUGCCACGUUGAUAAGAAAUGAGGUCCACGCGGAAAAUUUCUUUUGAUUUUAGUUGAAUCGCAAUUGAAACACUUGAAAAUUAUAUAAAUAUAUAGUAGAUAAACGAGAAUAAUAUCUACCCCUUAAAAAUUCUGUGGACUGAUAUUCCGAAUGGAGUGGUCACUCGAGUUUCGUCAUCUGUAAGAAGACUUCUUACAGAUGUUUUCGUAUUGCUCUUCGUAUAGACCUUUUGGUGACGCCUCUCUCUACAUGAUUACAAUUAAAAAAGCAAUCUCGAAAGUAAGGCUCGCGCUGAAGUGACGAAUAGGCGCGCAGAGAGAGGCGUGAAAAGUAUCGCAGGAACGCCGACAAUGAUAAUAAUCUCUUACCGAUCGUAACGUCUCUUCGAAACAACGGGAAGUGUAAAAAACGAUACGUCACGUUAGUAAGCAAUUAUUACAACGAAAGAACGUAACUGGCGUACCUUAGUGCCCGUCGACUUCUAAUUAGAUUCUUUUUUUUUUUUAACUUUCGAAAGAUGUUGCCUAACGAACUUUCUCUAACGAGACUAUCGAUAAAAUCAAUAUGCAUAGAAGAAUUGAACUCUCCUUUAGACCCGGACAGCGAGUAUCGCUUGUUGUCGAUGUCGUAAAGCACGGAAGAAAACAUCGUGUGCCGAACUGUGUGUGUGCGUGUGUGCGUGUGUGUGUGUGUGUAUGUGUGUGAUUCGAGUCAGACUUCUUAGAAGAGUUACAUUAGAUUCGUAGAUCUUAUAUAUGUACAACGUAUACGCGCGCGCACGCAUAUUGCAAUCACGUGCAUGCGUGCAUCUGCAAAACUAUUUUCCGCAAUUACCAGCUUUUACUUCCAAGUAUACUUGGUUGUAGCAAAAUACUCAAAGAAUUGGUACGCAAUGAGCGAUUCUGUUAUACUUUCGUAAAAACAAGAAAAAGUUUCGUCAAUGAAAGAUAGAUUAACCCAUUAACGGCCAACGGACACAUUUUUUGGGAUCAAAGUUUUAUAUACGAACGUAAAAGAGUUUCAGUAAAAAUAAAAUAAAAUAAAAUAAUUUAUCAUUAAAAUUAAAAUUUUUGGUAUUAAAUUUUAGAAUAUACUUCACACAGUUGUCGAACAAAAUAAUAUGUAUUGCACGAUUUGAUCUUAGUAUCAAUCUGAGAAAUCCUUCGAACGUAAAAAUAAUUUUGCUCUAACUAAGAUUCUUUAUAUUAUAAUUAUGGCUCUUAAUGGGUUAACGAAAAUGUCACCACAAUAAUUAAGCUAAUUUUAAGUAAAAAUAUAUUUAGACGAGCAAUUGUUUCUAUCCAAUUGUACAUCGCGCAACUGUAGUAGUAUUAUCUCUAAAAAUAUGAUACAACGCGGUAAAAUAUUUUUUGCGAAUACAAUUCUCUAGAUUAAUUGUUGGAAUACAUAAUUAAAUUGUGUAUCAAGUACACACUUAUAUAUUUGUAUAUUUGUCAUGCACAAUUUGCAAUACUCGAAAAUUGGAUAUAAUUAAUCAUCAUUAUUAUCUAUCUGUCGAUCGAUAAUUAAUAUUGAUAAUAAUUGAUACAACUGCUCGUCUAAGUAAUACUUUCCAUGAAAUUGACCUAAGUUGCAAAUUAACGUUUU